GUUGACCCCCUGCAAAUCAUUCCCUAACUACAGAACAUUGCUCUGAAGUGUGUCCAGGUGCCCAGUGUGGUAGAACUGCUAUGUGCCGCCUUCCUUUCAGCUUGUGGGGGUUCUGCAGCUGAGUUCAUCAUCAGGGUGACCUGAGCUGUCCCUGGAGGCUGGCUCCCAUUUCCUUCUGGUUCUGGCUGAUCUCUUCGUUAUGAGCUGGCUGCUGGGUUACAUGGACCCCACAGAGCCCAGCUUUGUGGCGGCUGUGAUCACCAUUGUGUUCAACCCACUCUUCUGGAAUGUGGUAGCGAGAUGGGAGCAGAGAACUCGGAAGCUGAGCAGAGCCUUCGGCUCCCCCCACCUAGCCUGCUAUUCCCUGGGCAUCUGCAUCCUGCUUUUGAACAUCCUCCGCUCCCACUGCUUCACACAGGCUAUGAUGAGCCAGCCCAAGAUGGAGGGCCUGGACAACCACACCACCUACUUCCUGGGCCUUGCAUUCCUAGGUUGGGGAUUCGUGUUUGUGCUGUCCAGCUUCUAUGCACUGGGGUUCACUGGGACCUUUCUAGGUGACUACUUUGGGAUCCUCAAGGAGUCCAGAGUGACCACAUUUCCCUUCAGCGUGCUGGAUAACCCCAUGUACUGGGGCAGUACAGCCAACUACCUAGGCUGGGCACUCAUGCAUGCUAGUCCCACAGGCCUGCUGUUGACGGUGCUGGUGGCAAUUGUCUACGUGGUUGCUCUCCUAUAUGAAGAGCCCUUCACUGCUGAGAUCUACCGACAGAAAGCUACCAGGUUGCACAAAAGAAGCUGACAGGGCCAUGAAGGAUCUUUGGAAAGCUGGACUGGCCUCUCGGCUGCCCCAAGCAACAACCCUUCCCAGGGAGAGCAGCACUGGCCACUGUACCUGUGCCUUAGAAACCAGUCAUGGGGGCCUCAGGCAUUAUGCUGUGUGACUGCUGAGACCCCCAUCCCCACCAUGUCCCGACACACUAAUAAAGGCAUUGUGACCUCAGCA